GCUGGUGUUGUGGGCAGGGGCAUGUUCUUGUGCUGCAGGGAACCCACCAGUUCACUGCCAGUCCGGGCCCAGCACUGGGAGCUAUGAGAGGGAUGGGGGAGGUUGGUAGUUGGCAGGGCGUUGAUGGCUGUGGAACUAAGCACAGAUAAGUGGGAUCCAUGAAGGGAAAAUCAGGUUUAAUGGUUCUUUGAAGAGUAGAACAGAUAAGGGAGAACCAGUGGUGUAUUAGCAUGUAUUUGGUGGUUGUCCCUAAAGUUCCUGUGCAGGAGUUUGGUCCAUAAGUUUAGAACACAGUAAACUGAGAUGGGAAAAAGCUGUUCCUAAAUUGUCGACUGUGGACCCUUAAGGCUGAUUUAUACUUGUGCGUUAACUCGACGCGGUAACCUACGCAAGUGACCUAUGCGCAUUAGAUGUAAACCUCCUUUGUAAGAACCUCCUUUGCUGCAAAGCCAACUCCCCGAGCAGUGCCUUCCUAACCAGAAUGCUUUGGUGCUUCCUAUUGAUACUUCAUUACCUGGGGAAUUCCAAAGCUCAAGUCAAUCCUGGCCUGUGCCGCUAUGCACUGGGAAUGCAGGAUGGCACAAUCCCAGAUGAAGACAUCACCGCCUCCAACGAAUGGUACAAAUCAACUGCGGCUCAGUUUGGCAGGCUGGAAAAGGAUGAGGGGGAUGGAGCCUGGUGUCCAGUCGACCUCCUGCAUCCAGACAGUACAGAGUAUCUUCAGAUUGACCUCCACGUCCUCACUUUCAUCACACUGCUGGGCACACAGGGGCGGCAUGCCUUCGGAAGUGGGAACGAAUUUGCUCGCGCUUACAAACUGGAGUACAGCCGGGAUGGGACACGCUGGAUCUCCUGGAAGGAUCGCUGGGGUCAGCAGGUCAUCACAGGAAACGUCAAUACUUAUGACAUCGUUCUCAAGGACCUGCAGCCUCCCAUCAUAGCUCGAUAUGUGCGGGUGAUCCCAGUGACUAAUCAGCCUGCCAGUGUGUGCAUGAGGGUUGAGCUCUACGGCUGUGCCUGGACUGAUGGUCUCUAUUCGUAUCGUGGCCCUGUGGGACAAACCAUUGGAAAACCAGGGUCGGCCAUCGUCUAUCUCAAUGACUCUACCUAUGAUGGUUUCCAGGACUCCAGGCUCAGCUACAGCGGCCUGGGUCAGCUGACGGAUGGAAUGCUGGGGCUGGAUGACUUCACUCAGAGCCACGAGUACCGAGUGUGGCCCGGAUAUGACUACGUGGGAUGGAGCAAGGACAACCUCCGCAGCCAAUACGUGGAGCUGGAGUUUGAGUUUGACCAGCGAAGGAACUUCUCAGCCAUGAAGGUGCACUGUAACAACCUGUACACCAAGUCGGUGAAGAUUUUCCAGAGGGUGGAGUGCUUCUUCAAGCAGCGGUUGGUAGCGAACUGGGAGCAUGACUCUGUGGGUGUCACCACGGUGAUGGACGACAAGAACCCGAGUGCUCGGUUUGUUAUUGUGCCUCUGGGCCAGCGCCUGGCCAAGGCCAUUCGCUGCCGCUUCUACUUCGCCGAUCGUUGGAUGCUCUUCAGUGAAAUUUCCUUCCAGUCAUCCAUUGCAGAUGUUGGAGAUUCAAAUCCUCCGGUGGAAUACUCUCAGCCUCCCGUGAGGGAAGACUGUUCCCAAAUUUCAGCAGGUUCCAGCAGUCCCAGGCUGGAUGUAGGUCAAGGCCGGGGAAUAGAGCUGAGAGCCACCUCUCUCCCAACACAGGCUGUGAAAGGAUCUCUGAGUUCCGCUCUGACCAGCACUCCCAGUGGGCUGAUCACCCUGAAUCUUGACAGUCCGCCUUCUCCCACCGUCAUCAAACCCAUGAACCACACCGAGGACGGCAAGACCUCCAUUUUGAUCGGUUGCUUGGUAGCCAUCAUCCUGCUCCUCCUCAUCAUCAUCAUUAUCAUUCUGUGGAGACAACACUGGAAGCGGAUCCUGGAGAAAGCUCCACGGAAAAUCCUGGAGGAAGAUGUCACCGUGCGCCUGUCGCAGUGUGAUGACGCUAUUGUCAUAAACAACCAGACUCAGAUAAUCCAGACCAACCCCACGUAUGAGCGUGUUUUUCCAUUGGACCUAGAGUACCAGGAACCAGCCAGGCUGCUGCACAGGCUUCCAGAGCUCCCUCAGAGUGCAGAGGACUCGGUCUGCAGUGGGGACUAUGCAGAACCUGACCUGACCAAGGGCGCUCGACACCAGGGCUUCCAAAAUAUGGUCUCUCACUACGCAGAGGCCGACAUAGUCAACCUGCAGGGCAUGACGGGCAACAACACCUACGCAGUCCCAGCGCUGACCAUGGACUCUCUCCUCAAGAAGGAGCUCAGUGUGGGGGAGAUCUCUCGACACCAGCUGCAUUUCAGGGAGAAGCUAGGCGAGGGACAGUUUGGCGAGGUCCACUUGUGUGAAGCUGUGAAUACAAAUGAAUCCCAGCAGCCUGAUCUUUUCAACAGUGGACACAUUUCAGGCCUGGUAGCUGUGAAGAUGCUGAGAUCGGACGUCACUAUACAUGCGAGGAACAACUUUCUCAAAGAGGUGAAGAUCAUGUCACGGCUGAAGGACCCUAACAUUAUCCGGCUUCUUGGAAUCUGUAUCCGUGAUGACCCUCUCUGCAUGGUCACAGAGUACAUGGAGAAUGGGGAUCUCAACCAGUUCCUCUCCCAGCGGGUGCUUGAGAACCACUUCACCUUGGCCAACAACCUCCCCAGUGUGAGCUACCGGUGCCUCCUGCACAUGAUGACGCAGGUUGCCUCAGGCAUGAAAUACCUCUCCUCGCUUAACUUUGUGCACCGGGACCUGGCCACACGCAACUGCCUGGUGGGGAACCACUACACCAUCAAGAUCGCUGACUUUGGCAUGAGCCGCAACCUGUACAGUGGUGACUAUUACCGUAUCCAGGGUCGGGCCGUGCUGCCUAUCCGGUGGAUGGCCUGGGAGAGCAUUCUGCUGGGUAAGUUUACCACAGCCAGUGACGUGUGGGCAUUUGGAGUGACUCUGUGGGAGAUGUUCACCUUCUGUAGGGAGCAGCCAUAUUCCCAGCACUCCGACGAGCAAGUCAUCAUGAAUACUGGAGAAUUCUUCCGGAAUCAAGGCCGACAGGUCUACCUGUCUCAGCCUGUUGACUGUCCCAAGCAGAUGUUUGAUUUAAUGAUCAGCUGCUGGAGCAGAGACAUCAAGGACCGGCCAAGCUUUGAGCAGAUCCACCACUUCCUCCAGAAGCAGUUGGUCAAUGGAACCUAGUUGUUGCAUCUCCCCCCAUUGCUUCAGUACACCAAUGGACAACUUAACUUCAUCGUCUGGUGCAGGAAUUGACCAGCGGUGCCUGCUCUUGGUGAGCUCAUUCUUUAGUGCACUUCCUGCUCGUGCCUCUCUAUCAACACAACAUUCUGUCUGCUGACCUCAUGUACUGACAACAGGCUCGAGGUGGCUCCUUGCUAUGGUAACACUCAAGGGACAAGGCAUUGGGAAGGUGUCAAUGUUGGAGUCAUUUCACCGACUGUCAGUAUGCUGAGGAAGCGGAGACGUUUGGAGGUGCAGGCUGGAAGAACCUGAAGACACAGCCAGUGCUUGGUCAGACAAGACUACUUUUCCUCUAUCGUUCCCUGUGGCAAGGACAAGCACUGAUUUCCUUCUGCUGGCGUUUCCUCACAUUGGAAGCCUGGAAGCUGCAGAUGGACAGAGAAGCCUGUGGAAAUUGGUGAUCCGGUGUCCUCGACCUACGAAUGUAGACAUUAUCCCCAGUCACGGUUGAGGAGAUGUCCAACCACUAUAGUUGUGCUGUAGUCAUGGUUUUACAUUGGUACAGACUGUACUUCAAGUGCCUUGCACUGCUGUGUGUUGAGUGGUGGGCAGUGAGAUGUCAACAGCUGGAUGUGUUGCUGUAGAUAGGCAACUUUCACAGGUGACUGAUUGGCUGACGCUUUGGUGGAACGGUUGGUGCAUGUUGCGUCUGCACUGAUGUUGUUUUCCUUCAGUGCUGGUGGCUUUAAUGUGAGAGCUGUUCACAAAUCCUGGGCCCCUGUCGUGGAAGUUUGGGAGUAGGGUUUAACAGAGUGGGCGGGGGAAGGAGGGGGUGGCAUGACUUGGACAGCUUCCAUUUCAGUGAGCCCUUUCCCCACUGGACAUCCAAAGUCCUCGGGGAUGGGUGACCUACAUUUCAAGCUUGAGUAUAGGAGAGCAGUCGGUACGGGGGCUUGGGUUUCAGUGAGAUGCUGGGACCUGUGUGGAUUGGGCUUUGGGGAAAAUUGAUGCAGGGGCUCAGCAGGGUUGCUGCGGUAUAUUUUUAACCUGGACAGUGCCUGAAACCUCAGAAUAAAAGGUUGGUUAUUCACAGUGGGCACCGGCCCCAGGGGUGGUGGACGAGGUGGGAAAGGUGCCCCACGGGUGUGCGAAAGGAGGGAGACAGCUGCAGGGAAUGGGGAGGGUCCAUCAACCUAGUUGACAGGAGCCCCAGAGGUUUGGGCUUGGCUCAGGAGAGCAGAAGGGAAUGAAAGCAUAUGGAGAUAGUGCAGGGAAGAGGCACUGAGGUAAAAGAUUGAACAGUAUAGCAGGCACAAUGGACUGAAUGGCAUCCUCCUGCUUUUGUUAAUGCUAUUAGGGUGGGAUAGGCAUUGGGCAGUGCUACCCGGGAUGGUGGCUUUACUGGUGCUGGUAGACACGAGAAGUGUGAAUUCACUGGAUGGGAAAGGGGUAGGUGUUGGGGGUGAGGGAUAGGAUGAUUGCUAAAGUGGUUUAUUAUUGUCACAUAUACCAAGACACAGUGAAAAACCUGCCUCGCAUGCUGCCAAUUCAGAACGAUUCAUUACAACAGCACAUUGAGACCAUUCCCACUGUCUGCCCCCUCCACCAUGAUCGUUCACCUCAGCGUCACCUUUGUACAUUAGCCGCUGAUUCCCUGAAUAUCCCGGAAGCCAUUAAUAACAGUCUUGAAUCUGCUUGGUAACUGGGCAACCAUACUUUUGGGUGGAGAGUUCCAUGGAUUUGCUGCCCUUUGGGUGAAAGACCAUUGUUGUCUCUCAUUGUUGUCCUUUGACUCCACAACCCCUGGUUCUAGACACCCCAGCCUGGAAAACCUCAUCUUUGCAUCAAACCACAUAAGAACCUUCUGUGCUUCAUUGGAGUCAUCCUUCCAACAUCUAGGCAAUAAGGGUAGGUCACCUUGAUCUCUCCUCAAAGGACAGUUAUCCCCAUCCCAGGAAUCAAUUCUCCCAUUGCAAGUAGGUAGGGAGACCUGACCAGCCAACAAUUAUUCACGGUGCAACUUUACCAGGGCCCCAUAUAAUUUCAUAAGAUAUCUUUAUUUUGUACUCAAACCCUUUUGAAAUAAAGACUGACAUACUGUUUGCCGCUCUGGUUGUGUGCUAUACCUGUUAAUGUUCUGUGACCUGCGUUGCAGGCAGUGUAAGAUCGCAAGACACAGAAACAGAAUUGGGCCAUUUAGCCCAUUCGAGACUGCUCCAAUAACUUACACCUAUCCUGAAGGGCUUCUUCCUCUGCUGUUCUGAUCGAGGUUCAUCUGGGUAUUUAUGACCUGAACCUUUUCAAGAGAGAGGCAAGGCAGAGACAGAAAUUGCUCAAAUCUGGCAGCAAGUUGCAGAACUAUUAAAAAUGUAUUAAGAGACCAAACGCCACAAAUAAUGUAAAUAAAUAAUAUAAAUAAUAAGGUCUAGGCUAAAUUACUGAAAAUAUAAUGUGAGAUAUCACAUAGUUUCAUUCUAUGCUGCACAAUCUCACCCCUUAAUUGAACUGUCUGGUGUACAUAUUCAUUUACACCCCCAGCCCCUCAGUUGUCAGCCUUGUUUGCAGAUUAUUUUCAUGUUAUUCGUUAACUUCAAAUACCAAAAAUUGGAGGUGAUUUUAGACAGACCUCACCCUGGUGAUCACACAGUUCUGCUUCCAGCUCCAUGCAACCUUUCCGAAACCCUUCAUAUUUUAUAAUCCUGCAUUCCUACCCAGCAACACAAAAUCUGCUGGAGGAUCCUCUCUCCUGUCCAGCAAUCACCCACUGGCUCCUGUCUCACCACUGCCCCUCACUUCUUCACACUGGCUGUCUUCCCUCUUGUUGGAUCCUGAUGCUUUUGCAAUCCAAAUGUUCUUCAGAAGUCAGGAUUCAGACAUAAAACUUGUUCCUCACAGUCAUUUUACUGAGUGUUACAAGAACAAAGAAUAGAAAGGAAGCAGCUUGGCAAAAGACAAAGGAAAGAGAGCAGAGACAAAGGUGGUGUGGUCUUCGUAUACCAGACUACUGAUAACAGCAGUUGUUAUUUCAUUGUUAACAAUUAACCAAUUAAAUAGCCAGAUUCAAGUCAUGUGACACCUGCCACUGAAACCAAAAAGUUUUCAGAAAAAUAGAGAAGCAACUGUAACCACUGAAAAAUCACUGAACAAUUACAUGUAUAUGGGUGAUUAUAUAAAAUUACAAACAAGUAUAACAAAGUUAAACUAAAAGAAAAAUAACAAUUCUAAUCCAGCACUGCACCCUUUGUCCUGAUGCAGGGUCUCAACCUGAAAUCACGACAAUUCCUCCUCUUCCCCCACCCCACUGAUGCUUCACCCACAGAGUUUCUCCAGCACAUUGUUUGUUUGAAUGCCCUUAGCUUCCCAUGUCACUGCACCAUUUUCGUCCUACAAGAUCAGGAACUCUUCACAAAGGUUGAUCUUCAACCGUAAACCCAUCAGAAAUGUUUUUGACCAAGAGAAAGUUUGAGUUUAUCAGCAGUCUAAAAGUUACUCGCGAGUUGCCCCAUCAUUUACAAGUGCCUAUUGUGAACAGACCCAGCACACCACAGACAUCUUGUUCUUUGUCAUAACUUUUCAUAUGAAGUUUUGUGAGAACAGAGGGAGGAGGUUUGUUCUCAGAUAACCUCAUCAAUCUUCCCUGUAGGCUACUCCCUCCCACAUACCCCCAAUUAUCCCACCAGCCAACUAUGUGAGGGGUAAUUUACAGUAGCCACCCUGUGCAUCUCUGGAACAUGGGAAAAAUCUCAGAGCACCCAUGGGAAAUCCACAUAAUUACAGAGAGAAUUUACAAACUCCACACUGUGCCUGAGGUCAGAAUUGAACAUGGGUCUCUAGUUCUGUGAGGCCAUGACUGUACCUCCUUCAAAGUCUUGGCAUGCAGGUCAUCAUCUCCUGGAAGUUCACAGGCUUUCAAUCCCAUUAAUUUCCCUGACACUAGUUAUUUUACAAUUGCUAAUAUCCUGCAGUCCUCCAUUUAUUCUUGGAUCAGUUAUUCUUGUUGAUUUCAGAGAGUUCCUCUCUGUCAUCUUCUCAGAGGACAGAUAGACAAAAACUUGUUUAAUUGCAGUGUGGCUUGCUUAUCUCUUCACAAAAUUUCUCUGUCUGUAAAGAAUCUACUUCAGCUGAUCUUACACUUUUACACAUCUGUAGAAACUUUUAGAGCUCUUCUUUAGGUUUCCGGCUAGAUCACCUAUUCUACAGUAUUCUACUUGAUGCCUCCUUUGCUAAUUUCUGUAAAUUUCCCAGUCUUCUGCCAGACUGCUCUGUUCCGGCAACAUUAGAAGCCUAGGUCUAAUGCUAUUUUCAUUUCGUUAACCACAAUCACGACAGCGUGACGGUUAGUGCAAUGCUAUUACAGCUCAGGGCAUUGGUUUUCAGAGUUCAAUUCUGGUGUCCUCUAAGCAUGUUUGUGCAUUCCUUCACAUGUGCUCGUGGGUUUCCUCCAGGUGCUCCGGUUUCCUCCCACAGUCCAAUGAUGUAGCAGUUAGUUGGUUAAUUGGUCAUUGUAAAUUGUCCCAUGAUUAGGCUAGGGUUAAAGUAGUGGGGAGCUGGGAAGCACAUCUCGAAGGGCCUAUUCCACACUGUAUCUCAAUAAAUAAAAUAAAGAAUCAGAUGACUUUUUCCAUGCAACAAUUCUUUAAGGCUUGGGGUAGAUUGGUAAAGUACUUUAAAAUGUGUAGCAGUAAACAAGCAGUGACAAGCAUUUUAGGAAUUAAUAGUUAGUCUUUCAAUCAUGUGUACCUUGGCUAGGACAUCAACAAGGACAUGUUUAUGCUCGUGUGUUUCUAUUUGGGAUUUUUGCUUGAAGGGUUUUUAUAAGUUUUUAAACAAAGUAUUAAUAUGUUAAAUGCUUGCUAAUUUUAAUGUAAUUUCCCAAUGGACUACCAUAGCCACUCAUGCCUCAUCCAUUUUUGUUUCCAUUGAAAACAUUGGUUUUAGAUCUGUACAUACAUUCUGAUUACAUUUCCCUAAAUGCUGGAAGCCCUCAGCAACUUGUCAGCAUCUGAGGGGAGAGCUUGAUAAUCUAUCGUUGAGCAAUUAUUACCCGGAGAGGUUUGAUUUCCAUUUAUGGUCACUUUGCACCCACAGUUCUACAGUGGUUAUUUGAUCAUAUGCAUUUAUUUCUGUUUGUGUUAUUAAUUUACCCACCUUGUCAAAAAUGUUAAUGUAUUCAGAUAAAAAGCUUACAGUUCUAUUUUUGUACCAUGAUUACU